AUGGGAUUGCUUCUGCCGUACGGACACGUGGACUCCUGCCUGCGGGGAUUGGCUGGCCAAGCUGAAGGCUUCGGCCGUUUGGCCGCCGGUGGCUUUAACGGCGCCGUCUACCGUGUCACCACCCUGGCCGACGAUGGGCCCGGUUCUCUACGCGAUGGGUGCCGUAAACGGGAGCCGCUAUGGAUCGUGUUCGAUGUCUCGGGCAUGAUCGAUCUCCGUUCGCAUCUCUCCGUGUCGUCCCACAAGACAAUCGACGGUCGUGGUAAAAAAGUCAAACUCACCGGGGAUGGUCUUAGGUUGAAAGAAUGCGAACACGUCAUCAUAUGCAACAUUAUACUCGAAGGCGGCCGGGGCCACGACAAAGACGCUAUUCAGAUAAAACCGAGCUCGAAGCACAUUUGGAUCGACCGUUGCAGCCUUAGCGACUUUAACGACGGCCUUAUUGAUAUCAGCCGAGAGAGCACGGACAUCACCAUUUCUCGAUGCCACUUUGCGAGGCACAACAAGGCGGUGCUCGUGGGGGCAUCGGCCUCCCACACAGGCGACCGGAACAUGCGCGUCACUAUUCACCACUGCUUUUUCGACGGGACCCGCCAGAGGCACCCGCGCGUUCGGUUCGCGAGAGUGCAUUUGUACAACAAUUACACGAGAAAUUGGGGCAUUUACGGCGUUUGCGCCAGCGUGGAGGCUCAUGUGUACUCGCAAUGCAACAUAUACGAAGAUCCGCAUAGAGCGGCAUUCAAAUACUAUAAGGAAAAGGCGGCCGAUAAAAACGAGGAAUGUACGGGUUUAAUCGAGUCGGAAGGCGAUUUGUUCGUCGACAAAACCGAGUCGGGCUUGCUGCCUCUUCCGAGCAAGUCGUGCGUGUUUAAACCGAGCGAGUACUAUGCCAAUUGGACAGUCGAGCCACCAAACGACGAUUUGAAGCAUUUUCUUCAGCACUGCACGGGAUGGCAGAAGGUCGAUCGGCCAGCGGAUAAGUCGAAUUGUUAA